AUGACCGACUACACGUAUGAAACAUCUCCAUCCAUUAAAGUGUCCUCUCCGUUUCAGCAUGUUCUCCUUGUAGAACUUCAAAGGUUAUGGACUGAACUUGGACAAGUAUUUGACAAAAUCGACAAGGACGGUGCAGUUCGCGCCGUUGUUCUCGCCUCUGCGUUCUCAAAGAUCUUCACAGCCGGUCUUGACCUGACUGAUGCGGGCUCAAUUACCUCUGACGCGGACACCGACCCGGCGCGCAAAGCUCUCAGACAGCGAGACCAUCUUCUCAAAUUCCAAUCCGCUAUUUCCGCCAUUGAACACUGUCGUGUCCCUGUCAUACUCGCUGCGCAUGGACUAGUACUUGGACUUGGAGUCGACAUUGCUUGUGCAUGUGAUGUUCGAUAUGCUUCUGAGGAUACUCAAUUUUGCAUUAAAGAAGUUGACGUAGGCCUUGCAGCAGACAUCGGCACCCUUGCUCGUCUUCCAAAAAUCGCUGCCAACUUCUCCCUCACGAGCGAACUCGCAUACACUGCACGUCCUUUCGGACCUUCCGAAGCCCAAGCACUCGGAUUCAUCUCUCGCGUAGUUCCUGGCGGACGAGAUGAAGUCAUAAAGGCUGCUGUGGAGACUGCUUCAAAGAUUGCUGAGAAAUCUCCUGUUGCAGUAGCUGGCACGAAGAGAUUCUUGCUGCAUGCGAGAGAUCAUAGUGUGGCGGAUGCCCUGGAAUAUCAAGCGACCUGGAACGCUUUUGCUCUGCAAGCAUCAGACCUGAAAGACUCAUUCGCAGCGUUCAAGACUAAGAACAAGCCGGAGUUUAAGAAUCUUCCUAAGCUUUAGGGAUGAGUUGACAUAAUAUGGGCAGUUCACGUAAAGCUUCGAGAGCGUUGUGUAACUCGAAAAAAUAUUCAGCAGUCCAGGGAGUCAUUUUGGGAAACUACUAAACUAGUUAAGGUAGAGGCACGAUAAACUCGACAAGCUGCGUGACGCACGUGACUUAACCCUACUUGCCUUAUGUAGCUUCAACAAAGUUGAUCGAACUAGUACUACAGCAACCCUU